CCCCGCCGCGAGAGCACGCGCGACCUCGCGUCCCCACCACGCGCACUAAUAACGCGAUCGCGAACGCAUCCCUUUUUGUUUAUUUUUCGCGCGCGUCCUUCGGGCCGCUCUGUAUUUCUGAGCAGCGAGACGAAGAAAAAAAGGAGGCGGAUGGAUCAAGCGACCGGAGAAGAUCGGUGCAGGCCGCACGGAUAGCCCCGGCCAGCCUCCGUCGCACCGCUGCAAGCUACAACAACAACUGAACAAAAUUAACCAAAAGCCACAAAAGCCUCAAACCAAAGCCUCCAGUCAUAUCUUUCGUUUCAAAAAUUUAAUAUAAGCACUAUUUUUUAAAACCUUUUAACGAUUAACUUUAAAACGCAAAUAGUAUACGCUAACUCCCAAACAGUACAAAUUAAUUUAAGUCUGAAUCAAUCGGUAUUUACAAUAAAAGAAAGCCUUGAAGAAAAAAAAUUUAAAAAAGAAUCUAUCAACGACCAGUAUUUUAACGUUCCAAAAUAACAUAGAUCGUUUAACGAGUGCACAAAAUAUUUUAUUAAUAGUUAACGAUUUAGAAGAAAAAGAAAAAACGAACCAAUUCCUCGAGCAUUUUCUAAAAAGUCAGCCAAAGAUUUUUAUAAACUCUAGUACAUAAGACUCGUAUAAGUUAACUGCCUGUUGUUAAGUACUUUUACAUUAUUUAUUUGAUAGUGAGAAAUCGAAGAUUUGUGAUUAGUGUAGUGUCAACCGGUGUGCCGUAUAAUCGUAACGUAUAAGUGCUAUUUAGUAUAACGCGGACAAACGAAGCCAGUUCAAAGAGUACAAAGCCAAGUUCCAGUUCAGUUCCGAGUGUUCAGUACAACGCAAAUAGACUUAGUAGAGCUUAUAUUCGUUAAGGAUAGGCGAGUGAGACGCGAUGAGGUUGCGUCGAGGCAAUACGUCAUGAGCGAAGCGCUCGGAAGCGAGGCGGACGCGGACAAUCCGCACUUGCCGCCUUUCUCCACCUUCGUCGGCGACAUGGCGGAGAACGAGCAGCGCAUACUGGCAGAUGCGCGCUUGCUCGACCCGGCCUGGGAGUACUACGAGCGCACCGGGGACACGGUGUCCGUGAUCAGCCAGCCGCAGUACCGCCCGUGGGAGUCCAUGCCGCUCACGGUCGGCACCAAGGACGCGCUCCUGCGCGCCGGCUUCUCCUCGCCGCUCGAGUACCAGUCGGUCACGCUGCAGCCGAUCCCCAACAAGCUACCGUCCUUCCAGAGCCAGUUCCAGACGUUCCCGGAAACCACGGUCAUACCCGAGACGGGGCUGCCGAGCGUGACGCCGGUGCCCGUCACCAGCAGCCCCACGCCCAGCGCGAGCCCUAGUCACUUAACCCAGCUCACGCAACUGACGCCGUCGUCUCCAGCCCACCUCACCACCUUAGCCCAGGUGACCCCAUUGUCAACAACGCUGACGACUCUGUCACCCGUGAACGCAACAACAUUCCAUACCUUAACUGCCGUAAACGCACGAAGCUACCCCAUAGUUCCCGCGCCCUUACAAGCGCGAGAACUGACACCCGCCGGCCAGGCGUACAUAGACGACCGGCAUAUACAGCUAUACCAGCCAAAUAUCGCAACAAUAAACGCAUUCCCCGCACAAAAUGGCAUCCUACAUCAAAAUGGGACGCUCCUACACCAAAACGGAAGCUUAAUACAGAACAUCCAAAGUCCGACAGUAGUUCACGUGUUAAAAAACGAGCCUUUCGAUAUGAAGUCGUUGCAAGAUAAAUACACGCCCAAUGGGUUACACCAUAGUAACUUCCAAAAUCCCAUGUUAAUCGACAAUGGGUAUGAUAAGAAGAGCAACGGUUUUGGUAGCGCAUCGUCACCGACGCGGUCGGAUUUUCGGAAAAAGGAGCGACGGAAAAUGCGUGCGAACAGUUCAGAGUCUGACGGGUCUAAUAUGGAAGUGGGGUCGGAGAGUAGUGGGCAGGUGGCGGCCGUGUCGUCCACUGCUGGGUUCAAGUCUCCGAUGCACGGCGCGCCGCCCAUGGCCACUGGACCGAUGGAGCUAGAUGACAUAUCCAGUGAAAAACAGUUCUUCCCGUCACAGACUAAAAAGAAGAGGAAAAGAUGCGGCGAGUGCAUAGGCUGCCAAAGGAAAGAUAACUGCGGCGACUGUGCGCCGUGUCGCAACGACAAGUCGCAUCAGAUAUGUAAGCAGAGAAGGUGUGAGAAGUUAACGGAGAAGAAGCUUGUUUUGGCGCCGGACGGGACGCUGCAGACGGUGAAGAGCGAGUCGCGGCGAGGUCGCGGCAGAGGGCGCUCGUCUACGACCCCCGUCUUACAAGACAUCAAGAGUUACCGCGGCCGCAAGCCCCUUGGCGGCUCAGUGUCAGCAGCAGUCGGGCUGAGCCCCGGCCUGCCCGCCGCCGCGUCCCCCGGGCCCGCCGCGCCCGCCGCGCCCAGCCCCGCGCCCUCCACCGCGCCCGCCAUGAAGCAGGACCACCCCAGCCAACCGAUGGCGCCAAUGCCGUUCUACGCGGGUGACCCCAACAGGUUCCCCACAGCCUGGCAAACUGACCCCUCGCAAGGUUGGCAAAACCAGUUCAUCCAGCAGCUUCCGACCCAAACAGGCCAAACUACGUUAGAUUAUCAAGGCAACCACACCCCUUACGCCACGUCCCCCCACUAUCAAGCAAACACCACGUACACCGUCCAAAACGUCGCGACCACUUUCGAUGUGACGAACAACACGUACUACCAGACCGGAGUUCAAGCGAUACCAACGCAGAGGCCGCCGUCGAAUAGAGGAGCUUAUACCCCUGUCCCGUCUCCAAGAGCCCCUCAUUAUACAACGGAAUACCAGCAGCAAUAUGCACAACAAGCUACCACUCCCGGUGUCACAGCCGGCAAUGACUCCAGGCCGGCCUCAGCUGCGUCCUACCAAAGUUCAGUAGCAUCAUCAGCCGCACCGGUCUACACAGUCAGUCAACAAACCUACGAGCGCACAGAGUACUCGUCCGAACAAACAGAAGAAUAUAGCAAUGCGGAAAGUGGUACAGAUACGAAUAAUGAGGCAGAGAGGCAAGAAUCGAACGCCUCAAAUGGACAGCAUUCGGGAAACGCCGAGCCUGGAUACCUGCAGGGGAGCAACGGUCCGCGAGCUUCACUCGAUUGUAACGGGUAUUCGGGCACCUACACCAGCGGACAAUACGAAAAUGGGCAAACGCAAAACCAAAGCGACUGGCAGCAACGCCAGUGGCAACAUAACCAAAGAAUACAAAAUCAGCAACAACUACAAAAUCAGCAACAGAUACAGAAUCAACAACAACUACAGAAUCAACAACAGUUACAAAACCAGCAGCAGCUGCAAAAUCAACAACAAAUACAGAACCAGCAACAAAUGCAAAAUCAACAGCAAAUGCAGAAUCAACAACAGAUUCAAAAUCAGCAACAAUUACAAAAUCAACAACAACAAAUACAAAAUCAACAGCAACAAAUUCAAAAUCAACAGCAAAUAAAUCAGAUGCAAAGUCAACAGCAACAAAUACAAAACCAGCAGCAAAUUCAGAAUCAAAUGCAAAAUCAACAACUACAAAACCAGCAAAUGCAGCAACACAGGCAAGAUGAAUCAGAGCAACAGAUGUUUUCGCAGUCCGAUAGGGUAAACUUGAACUCCAGACUGAAAACUAUGAUAUUAAAUAAGCAAAGUCAUGUACGGGAUGGCACAAAUACACCGCCGGAUAAAGGUGAUCCUGGAGAGGGACCCCCCAGAGUUAUGGACGAUAGAAAAAGCGGGGUCGCCGAUGAUAGAAAUACCACCGGUCAUUUUUUAUCGUAUAGCCACCAUCUCCGAGAUAAUUACCGCAUAGGCGAUCAGGUUUACCCGGUCGCCGGUAAUUAUGCACAAAGCACUCACGCGUAUAGCGUGGGUGAAUUCGGAGGUGGUGGCCACCAAGUAUGGGAGGGGGGGACGGAAGUCUCGAAAGGUUAUGAUAGACAUAGUUCGUCUAAAAACUUAUCUAAGACUCCUCAAAAAUUACCAUCGUAUGCUGAUAUGAGAGGUCAGUAUGGUACGUGUACGAAUGUACCUUACGAAGCGCAAAAAUAUGCAGAAAUGUACGGUAGUGAUAAUUUAGGAUAUAAUCAACAAGAUAGUAAAGACUUUCAAUCUAAGAUGCUAAUUGGACCAGUGUCAGAUAUCAAUAAACAAAACUGCGCGAACGCGCGUGAUGUUAACGCACAAAAGAGAGCUUAUGAUAGGGAAUCAUAUGAUGCUAAAUUUAGACACCCAUCAGCCCCAUUAAUACCUAAAUUAGAAAUUCCUGAUAAUUACCAAUAUUGUAAAGAACCUGUUAAGUCGGAACCACAGAGAUUGACGGGCCAACAUGCAUAUCUUAAAUCAAUUGAAGCUCCAGUGAGUAAUAUUUACAAAGAAUACCCGAAUGGACUUGUUCCCAGGAUACCACAAAACACAGUUUUACCACCAAUAUCAACAAUUAAAAACGAGGGUUUCAGUCAAAAAUCUCCAAAUUACCAGAACUUUCAACAGUUGCCUUACGAAAGAAAAACAGUUACAAGUGACGCAUAUGUACCAAGAAUCCAGGAGAGUUUAGGUUUUCAAAAAUAUAAUAGAAACUUUGAAUCCAAAUUUACUAGAGAAUCGGAUCAUCGAAACAAUUCUGAAAGAAGUCCAACCGUUGAUUCAAGACCACCGUACUACAUAGAACAGAUAAAAUCAGAACAUUCACCGCCAGGUCACAAGAUUUAUAAAAACAUAGGUUAUGGUCCACCGAGAAAUGAACCGUAUAAAUUCGCAGGCGAAGGAGGCCCUGUUUCGAUAAGAAAUGAAAUUGGUUAUGCGUGUUGUAGACAAGGCUCUACAAAGAAACCUCCACCUGAACACUUAAGGGACGGGGCCUGUCCGGGACUUCAAACUAAAGAUGAAGUGUUAGAAGAUGACCCUGAUUCUACAGAUAAACCUGACUCUAAAGGUCCAUCAAAACCUGGUACGCCUGUACCAGAUCCAUACGCUAAAGCUCCUAAAGAAAAUCAAUUUAAUUAUUCAAAAGAAUACUUAGAAAACCUUGAAAGGUUAAAAAAUAAUUCAAGAACAGAGGUGCCAGACUGCAAUUGUUUUCCAACUGACAAAAAUCCUCCAGAACCUGGCAGCUACUACACUCAUUUAGGAGCUGCAUCUUCUUUAGCAGAGUUGAGAAAAGAUCUCGAGGCUCGGACAGGACUUUCGGGCAAGGAACUUAGGAUAGAGAAAAUCUGCUACACUGGGAAAGAGGGCAAAACUGCUCAAGGUUGCCCUAUGGCUAAGUGGGUGAUAAGACGAUCGAAUUACACAGAGAAGGUGUUGGUGGUAGUGAAGUUCCGGAACGGUCACAAGUGUGCAACCUCCUGGAUAGUGGUGUGCCUGGUGGCGUGGGAGGGGAUACCGCAGUCGGAAGCCGACCUCGACUACACGCUGCUGUCGCAUAAACUGAACCGCUACGGUUUGCCGACCACGCGCCGGUGCGCCACCAACGAGAACAGGACUUGUGCUUGCCAAGGCCUCGAUCCCGAGACAUGCGGCGCUUCCUACAGUUUCGGCUGCUCCUGGUCCAUGUAUUACAAUGGAUGCAAGUACGCCCGUUCAAAAACCGUCCGCAAGUUCCGGCUUUCGGUCAAAACUGAGGAGAGCGAGAUUGAGGAGCGCAUGCAUGUGCUGGCGACCCUUCUGAGCCCUUUGUACACCAACCUGGCGCCCAAGUCCUUCGAAAACCAGUGCCAGUUUGAAAAGGAAGCUUCGGAUUGCCGUUUGGGGUUUAAAGCCGGACGGCCGUUCUCAGGUGUAACAGCGUGCAUAGACUUCUGUGCGCACGCGCAUCGAGAUCUGCACAACAUGAACAACGGCUGCACGGCUGUCGUCACCCUCUCCAAGCACCGCGCGCUGUCCAAGCCCAACGACGAACAGUUGCACGUCCUACCUUUGUACGUCAUCGACAACACGGAUGAGUUUGGUUCCAAGGAAGCUCAGGAGGAGAAGAUCAAAAGCGGCGCUCUGGAAGUCUUGGACAAAUAUCCAAUGGAGGUUCGAGUUAGAUCUGUUCCUUUACAACCCUGCAGACGUCACGGCAAGAAGAGAAAAGAUGAAGAAAACGCCGAGACGAAUAACAGCUCAACCAACGCAGCCCAACAAAGCCCCGGGAACCAGAAAAAACCUCCGUCUCAGUGCUCAACACCUGCGCCCAAGACUCCUCAACCAAUCGACGCCAGAAACAAUGCCAGUCCAAGAAGCCAAAGCAGCGCUUCCCCAAGAGCCACCACUCCAGCAAUGAACCAACCAACUCCACCAUUUACCAACAAUCCACAUUACAACUCCGCCUUUGUUAAUCCAAACAUGCACAACCCCAAUCCAGGAUUAAUGAACCCAAAUUUAGGCAACCCCGCUCUUCUUGAUAUGGCUAGUAUGAUAGACAAUUUCACUGAUGCCCAGUUGCAGAGUAAUCAAAUAUCUAGUACCGUUUUAGAUUCACCGUACAACCCUUACGAUCAAAGCUACCAUUUACAUAGCCAAAACCCAGUGUAUAACCCUAAUCAGGUGCCUGCGCUAGCGGAAAAUAAUCACCAAAGCUCAAACCCUAACCAAUUACCAAGUUUUAACCCUACGUUGCAAAAGAGAGAUCAACAAUAUAAUACUCAGAAUCCUGGACAAAUAGAAAAUGCUCAACAACAUUGGCCCGAAUUUGAUAACUCUGAAAUAUUUAACAAUGUCGUUAAGGAAGAUCCUGAUUCGACUACAGCACAUCUGAAUGUGACACACAAUAAUUACAGUCCAGACUCUAAUCGCAGUGACCCUAAUUCAGAUCAAAUGAAUAAAAGUAAUACAGAAACAGAGAAACUCAAUAGUAUUGGGAUGACACAAAAAUUGCCAGAAUUCGAUAUGCCAAACUCACCGAGAUUAACAGAGAUUUCGCAGAAAACACAACACACUCCUGAAUCGCCCGCUCCUUCACCUCAAGAUCUCAAGUCACCCAACCCUGAUAAUCAAGAUAUUCGUAAAAGUGUAUGGAAGUCGCCGGAUUCAAAAAACUGGGAUCCUACGAAGCCUAGGGAUCAAAUGAGUGAAAAUGAAAACGCUCUGUUCAGGGUACCCAAAGCGAGGCCUCCGUCGCGUUCGCAAUAUGUUAAUAAUCCUCCCGAAGGCAUGGAGAAUUCCACCUUUCUAAAACCCUACCCACCUUCUGAGAGACCACAACUCAACCACGGCUAUGAAAACAGAAGUCCAUAUGACAAUAGAAUGAAUGCUGCACCACCAACAUCAGCGCUCCAAACAAAUUACACCAUUAGCCACGAAGACAGCCAAAACACCGUUGCAAAUAAAACUGUUACGGAAUUUACAGGAAACAAUUUCCAUCCAGUCAACCAGACAAGCUACGCCAACCAGGCGCCCGUGCAAGGCUACGGCAACUACCCACCAAUGACCAAUGCUUAUGCUUUCACAUCAAAUCCUUACGGCCAUUUUAAUCCCUAUGAAAAUUCCUACAAUGAUUACAAUAGUUUAGCAUAUUACAAUGCUGAAAAAUACAAAAGGGAGGAAUUAAUACGAAACUCUCACUGUUACAAUUCAUAUGGAUACCAGUACAAUCCCAACUUCGCAGCCAAUUUCUACCAAAACACGAGCCCCAACUGGUGCCAAACUUCACCUAACUGGUGUUUAUACCCUCCACCUUUCUCAAUUCCGUAUCCACCAGAACCACCUAAGGCGGAACCUAUAGGGGAAGUUACCGGCAUAAGUGACAAUCUGGAAUGUUUUAAAGAUAGUCAAAUGGGUGGCGUAGCGAUCGCCCUGGGCCACGGAAGCGUGUUAUUCGAAUGCGCAAAGCACGAAAUGCACUCAACUACAGCAGUAAGAAAUCCUAACAGGGUGAAUCCAACUCGAAUAUCCCUAGUUUUCUAUCAGCACAGAAACUUAAACCGUCCGAAACACGGUCUCGAGGAGUGGGAAGAAAAGAUGAGGUUAAAGAAGUUGGGCUUGAAUCCGCCAACACCGAGCACUCCCGGGCCAAAUUCCAAUUCAGUUUCACCUGCGACGACUCCAGGGCCGGAACAUAGACAGACUCCGGUGCCAGAAAAAUGGAAGAGUAAUGAAAAUAGUAUACCAGGGGGAUACAGUUCUCUGUCGGCUCUGGUGGAAGCGACGAAUGCCGCUAAGAGGAGCGGGCAGAUCAUGCUGCGAGCGGACACGGCGACCACCAUGUCGUGGACGACGCUGUUCCCCAUGCACCCGUGUACGGUAACAGGCCCAUAUCAGGAGUCGGGCACCUGACGCGCGCUGCCUCCCCGCGUCGCUCUUCCGAGACGGAGUGAAAUCCCUUCCCUAGCCAUGUAAGCUCUGAGUUGCCUUCGAUAUCAGUCUUCUCGACGAUGUGCUUUCCAAAUUAUUUUGUAGUUCCUGGAGUUAUAGAUGCUAAGCUCUCGAGUCUCGACGACUGGUCCGAUGUUCCCGUGAUAUUCCUUUUUUGCAUUUACAUCGGAAUUGACUACCGUUUAACAUGUAUUUUUCGAUGUGAACCGAGUGAGUUUUUAAUCAAAGAUGUAAUUUAAGUUUUAUAUUUUAAUAGUGUUUAUCGCAUUUCAGCUAGUCUUACGUUACUACAUUAGUAUCGCUCGUAUCUCGUAGCCGUAACCGUAGACUUAUUUGUAUAUUGUCGUAUUUAGUUUUAUCGGCGACUCGAACGUGUUUUUUUAAUAAGUUUAAUAUUUUUACAUGCUCUGUGUAAAAUAGUGGCAUUAGCGUACGAUUUGUCUGCAUAUUUUGACAAUGUUCUAAUUAAGCGCAUGAGCGGCGAUUUGUGCGGUGCAAUGAUCUCAUAAAUACUAACUCUACAAUUAAUCGAUUAUUCAGAGCGAAAGUACAAAACAUCACAAGUUGAGGCUAUCAGUGGCCGCGUGGCGUCGACGAUCCUGUUUUAUAGAUAUUUUUGUACCUUUGUCUGCGUAUUAGUUACUUUAUAUUUUAAUUAUCAUUCCUCUGCCUGUCCGGUUGUGUGUUUGCGUUUCGUUCGUGCGAGUAAACUCCUCAGAUCAUGGCGAUGCGUCAUACGUGUAUAUCACAAACAUAACGAGUGCUUUUAUAUUAGGUUAAGAGGUGUGUAUUUUUAACUUUUAGACUAUUUAACUUAUUUAUAUUGUAUUACGUGAAUCAUUUUCUUUGUAAUAAUUUACUUAGUGUUAUGAUAGGUAUUAAUAUUUAAUAUAUUUGCUUUACGAUUUGACAUUAAAUUAUUGGCAGUUGUUUUACGCAUGUUCAAGAGCCUUCUUUGCCAUAGUCUCGACGAGAGUGCCUGCGACCGGCGGAACCCGGAAACUUAAAUUCUUGUCUUAAAUCUCAUUUUUGACAUAUUGAAUGUGACCUUAAUUAAGAAUUGAUUGCAUCAACGACCUCUAUGUAUUACGGACUGGAUGGGUCGUUCCAAACAAAAAUGUUUGCGGGCUACAACCCGCUUUCGCUUAUAACUUAAUGGCCAGACUAAUUAUUUUGACAGCUCCAUAGAACACGUUUUUUUGACUUCGUCUGUGUUGGUAUUGGC